AUGUUUAGACAGAAUAAGAGAAGACUGGCAGCUAGAAGGAAUAACGAUCUUUCGUUUGAAGAUAGUAACACUUCGAUCAAGUUGGAAAAUGGAAUCACAGGGUUUACUUCUAAUGGAUCACUUUCUCUGGAUGAACAGAAACUUUACAGUAACAUUAGUAAGACGAAGUUGAAUUUCUAUGAAUUACCUCCGCAAGGUGAGAUUACAUUGGAGGAAUUCGAAACUUGGGCUAUUGACAGAUUAAAGAUUUUACAAGAGAUUCAAUCGUCUAUUUCGAGAAAUAAAUCUGUCAAAGAAAUCGCUACUAUAAUUAAACCUCAAUUACAAAAACUAUUACCAUCUACGUUAGCAUCAUUUUCAAAUGCUAACGAUUCAUUUUUAGAGAAGAAGAAAGAUUAUUAUUCUCAUUAUAUUCUAAGAUUGUGUUUCUGUCGUACAAAGGAAUUAAGAGAAAGUUUUAUCAGAUCUGAAACUUUAUUAUUUAAGAUCAGAUUUAAUAUGCUGACAGCAGUUGACCAGACUAAAUUUGUCCAAUCAUUGAAUUUGCCAUUACUUCAAUUUAUCUCUGAUGAAGAAAAGAAUCAAUUAUCUCAACAGUUAUAUCAGACAGCAUCACCUUUAUUGCAAUUCCAACUGAAUUUAACCGAUGAACAACAACGUAAAGCUUAUUUUGCACGUGAAAGGUAUAUUAAACUACCAUUUGAAAAUGUUAUUGAAUUAGUCGGGAAUCGUCAAGUGUUUAUAAAUAAUGGGUACGCAUAUUUACCACAAUUUCAACAAUUGAACUUAUUAGCGUCUGAGUUCUCCAAUAAUAUCAGCAAUUCCUUGAUAAAGACUUUUCAAUAUAUGCCUAGAUUAAAUGAGGACGAUAGACUUUUACCAAUUUUAACACAUCUUUCAUCCGGUUACACAGUUACCGACUUCGAUCAAAAUAAUGGUCAAUAUGGUGAAAACUCAGAUAAUGAAAUUAAUGCCGAAUCGGUUUGGUCUCCAGAGAUUAUGAAACAUUAUCCACUUUCGGUGAAACAUUUAAUGGAGGGACUUAAACUUAAUCAUCAUUUAAGAUACAAUGGUAGACAACAAUUAAGUUUGUUUUUGAAAGGUAUUGGAUUAACUGCAGAUGAAUCAUUGAAAUUUUUUGCCAAGGCAUUUACAGAUGGUGGACAUAUGACAACGGAAAAAUUCAAUAAAGAAUAUAGAUAUAAUUUCAGACAUAACUAUGGUCUAGAGGGUAAUAGAAUUAAUUAUAAACCCUGGGAUUGUCGUACCAUUUUGUCGAAACCAAGACCUGGCAGAGGUGAUUACCACGGAUGUCCUUUUAGAGAUUUUAGUUCCGAAAAAAUGACUUCUGAAUUACAAAAGAUGAAUCUAACUCCAGCACAAAUCGGUAGUGUACUAGACUCCUGUAAUAAAGGUGAAUACACAACAGCAAAUACUAAAGUGUUUGAAUUUACACAUGACUUCAAUGGUAAUGAUCCAGAAAUUAAUGACCAGACAUUGAUCGCACAUCCAAACCUUUACUUUGAAAGAUCAAGGCAAUUGGAGAAAAAAAAGAUAGAGAUCGAAGAGAAAAUUAAAGGAACAGUUGUAAAUUAA